UGCCUCUUCACCGUGGAGAGGUAUGACCCGCGGGCCGACCGUUGGAGCCCUGUUGCGCCCCUGCCCAAGGGUGCCUUUGCUGUGGCUCACGAGGCCACCACCUGCAAUGGGGAGAUCUAUGUGUCGGGAGGCUCCCUCUUCUACCGCUUGCUCAAGUAUGACCCCAAGCGUGAUGAGUGGCAGGGGGGGCCUCAACACAGCAAGCGCCACGGCGGCGGUGGGGAGCAGGGCCCAGGUGGCGGUACUGGCGGUGGUGUUGAAGUUUUCCGGUACAACACGGUGGCCAAGCGCUGGAGUCAGUGCGCCAGCCUGCGGCCCAGCGGCGGCCCCCUCCAGCCCUUCCGCUGCGCCCCCUUGGGCAACACCAUCUACUGCGUCAACCGGACCGGCACCCUCCGCUUCAGCCUAGCCCAGGACGGCGAGGUGGAAGCGGAUGGCGGGCUCAAGGGCACCUUCGACAGGGAGCUGCUUAAAGCUCCCUUGGAUGCCAAGGGUGUCCUCCUACCCUUUGUGCUCACCCUGCCCGAGAGGCUGGACAAAGCGGGGGACCAGGAGGGCUCCCUCCCGCUGUGA